CUCUAACUCGUAACGCAUCCUAGUUGAGCCGGGAGCGUCAAAAACACGAGAAGUGCAUUUGUCAAAGCUCUUGCUGCCGUCGGUGCAGUACGAUUCGUGAGCGUGUUGGGGAGUUGAUCAAGAGUGAUAGGACAUCAUGGCAAAAGAGACUAAACUCUACGAUUUACUAGGCGUCGGUGUGGAUGCGUCCGAAGCCGAACUGAAGAAGGCGUACCGCAAGAAGGCAUUGUCUGCACACCCGGACAAAGGAGGCGAUCCUGAGGUUUUCAAGGAAAUCACUGCCGCGUACGAAGUGCUGUCAGAUUCACAAAAGCGCGAAACGUACGAUCGAUUUGGUGAAGAUGGCUUGAAGGAUAGUGGUGGAAUGGGAGGCAUGGACCCAUCAGAUCUCUUCUCUCAGCUCUUUGGCGGUGGUGGUGGAGGCUUCUUUGGCGGUGGUGGUGGCGGACGGCCAUCUGGGCCACGCAAGGGCAAGGACCUGGUUCACAGGGUCAAGGUCUCACUGGAGGAGCUCUACGUCGGCAAAACCACCAAGCUUGCGUUGCAAAAGCACGUGUUAUGCGGCAAGUGCGAUGGGCGCGGAGGCAAAGAAGGUGCGGUCAAGGCGUGCCAAGGAUGCCAUGGGCGGGGUAUCAAGGUUGUGCUAAGGCAGCUCGGACCGAUGGUGCAGCAGCUGCAGCAGACUUGCCCGGACUGCCAGGGAGCUGGAGAGAUCAUCAACCAGAAGGACAAGUGCAAGUCGUGCAAUGCCAAGAAGGUGGUGCAGGAGCGCAAGGUGCUCGAGGUCAGGCUCGACAAGGGGAUGGAGGAUGGCCAGCAGAUCACCUUCAAGGAGGAAGCCGAUCAAGCGCCGAACACCAUCCCGGGUGACGUCAUUAUUGUCAUCGACGAGAAGCCGCAUCCGCGAUUCAAGAGGAGAAAGAACGACCUGAUUACCGAUGUGGAAGUGGACCUCCUCACGGCGCUCGGAGGGGGCAAGAUCGUCAUCGAGCAUCUGGACGACCACGCUCUGUCGGUAGAGAUCCCACAGGGCGAGAUCAUCAAGCCCGGCGCGGUCAAGGUGCUGCGCGGACAGGGCAUGCCGUCAUACAGGCACCACGAAAUGGGUGACCUCUACGUCAACCUGACGGUAGCGUUCCCGGACACGAUUCCCAUCGAGAAUAUCACACACCUUGAGAGAGCGCUUCCACCGAGAAGAGCACUCCCACAGCUCAAGAAGAAUGUUGAUGUCGAGGACGUUGUGAUGGAGGAGAUGGACGAGCGCGAGGCCCGAAACGCACGCGCGACGAAUGGAGGCAUGGACGUUGACGAUGGAGAAGAGGACGGACCUGGCGGUGGACCUCAAGUGCAAUGCGCGCAGUCGUAAGGAGAUGCCUGCGGCAACUAGUUAGGGAGCGUCAGGCGACGCCAGCGUCUCCCAUAUGCAGCAAUGCGCAUUCUAUUCUUCCACUAUUCUACAGCUUCUGGGAGACACGAGGACCAAGCUCGCUGCGUGAGCGCGUAUCACAAGAUUGCAUUCGGCCUACCUCCUUGCACGUGUGACCUCCGACCCGGACUUCCCAGCCUCUUGGGAAGGAUUUUUUUUGUUUCUUCCGUGGAAGAGUGCGCGGCCUUGUCUCCUAUUCAUCAUCCGGCUCGAUAGCAGAUCCCAAUGUACCCUUUUGCACCUCAAUAGAACACAUGAGAUUUAGGUUCACUUUU